AUGCGGGCAUUUGCAGUAUCCCUUUUCUUUCUUUCUGCGUCAAGCUAUUUUAUCCCUGAAACCAUUACAGAAGAAGAGAAAACUGAAGUUUAUAACCAACUCAGCCAAAAUCUUAUAGGUGUAAAGAUUCACUACUUUCCUGAAGAAAAGCGCUAUGGAAUGGUGGCAACAAAAGACAUCAAAAGAUCUGAUGCAAUUGCAGGAAUUCCUUUAGAUUUCAGCCUCACCUCAUUUGAUCAAUAUCCUUGGUCUAGCUAUCUAUCUUCUCUUGGCGACCCUACAGUUCUAAUAGGCCGACUUAUUUAUGAAAAAUUUGUAAACCCUACUAAAAGCUGGUCAAAUAUUUAUUAUCAUACCUAUCCAUCUGAAGUAGAAAAUAUUUAUAAUUGGACUACAUCAGAGUAUGAUUAUUUCAUAAAUAUUUUCAAAGAAAAAACGUUGAUUGAAUUUCCAUUGAAUUUUGAAAAAGGAUAUCAAAAUUUCAUUGCAGUUUUAGAAAAAAUUAGAUCACUUAAAGAAGACUGCAAAGAUUGCUUUAAACGUGAAGUUUGGACGUGGGCGUAUUCAAUAAUGAUUUCUCAAAGCUUAGAAAUAACAAAAAAACUAUGAAAGGACACAAAGGGAUACCCUUAUAAAUCUGGAGAUGAAAAUAUAAAAGGAUUAUGCAUUCUACCAUUAGCAGAUAUAGUAAAGCAUGAGCCGCUGCCAAACAAAUAUAAAAAUCAGAUAGGAGGGCAGGCUGGGAUCGGGUUUCAAAGUAACCCGCCAGCUGGAAUUUUGUUUGCAGAUCGAGAUAUUAAAUAUAAAACUGAAGUAACUUGGAAUAGAGCCCCUAAACGAAACUUCGAAAUGCUUUUAGGCCACGGAAUUGUUCACGAUCGAAAUAAUAACGAUUUUGUAGUUGCGCAAAUCGCAAGAAUAAAUGAAUGUCCUCCAAGAUCACAAGGGUAUGGCACUACAUGUGGAUUUAGAGCUAUUAUAAACCAAUUUAACUAUGAUUUAUUUAAUUAUGCAUUCACAGUUAUUGGUGAAGCUCCAUCCCAAUUUAUCAGUAGCAUCGAUGAAUAUUUUAACGGUUUGGAAAAUAAAAGAGAUAAAAAAGCAUUUUAUGCGGCCCUUAUGAAAUAUAGAGACUCAGUGGCAAGGACAAUAGAUGAAUGCGUUAUUUCAUAUAGAACUAUUAAGAGGAAGCUAGAAAAAAAAGAACAUGAAAAUGAGAGGUAUAAAAAGAUCGACAAAAUGUGCCUUGGCCAUCAUGAAACAAUUUUUAGUCACAAGAAGCUGACUGAAAAAGCUGCACUUAAAUCCUUAUUAUUUGAGUUAAGCCUAUAG